GAUCUAUGGCUUCGGGGUGCCAGUCCAUCGAAGUUCACAUUACAGGCCAGUUGAGAGUCGAGAUGAAAGUUUUGCUGCUGCUUCCUUCAAUGAUUAUCAUUUGGAUGCUUUGGACUCCGGAGGUGCCAGCACAGGAGCCCGACCUACGGAGAAUUCCCCGCGUGGUGGGUGGCCAUGCCAGUGAGGUUCGGAAUCACCCCUAUAUGGUCAACAUUCGGCGGCGUGGGAACUUCGAGUGCGGUGGAUCUCUGGUCACGCCGCGCUGCGUCUUGACCGCCGCCCAUUGCCUGAAAGAUGGUCACCCAUCUGAUUUUGUGGUCCGCGGUGGGGUCACCUACCUAAGUGACAUGCGUAAUGCCCGCUAUGUGAGGAAAAUACUGCUACCAUCUGCGUACAGUCGCUCCACUUUGGAGCAUGAUGUGGCUUUGCUCCAGCUCCAGCAACCGCUGCAGGCCUCCAUUGCCCAGCCCAUCUCCUUAGCCGUGAGAUCUCCCCGUCCGGGUGCAUUUGUGCGUGUUUCCGGCUGGGGCUUAACCGAUGCCAGCUCCACUUCGCUGCCCAAUCAGCUGCACAGCGUCCAAGUGCGAGUGAUUCCGCAAAGGGAGUGCAGGGAACUCUAUCGGGGUUAUCGCAACAUCACGGCUAGCAUGUUUUGUGCCUCUGUUCCCGGCUUCAAGGAUGCCUGUGCCGCCGAUUCCGGUGGGCCAGUGGUCAACUCCCAUGGCUUCCUGGUGGGCAUUGUCUCCUGGGGCAGGGCUCAUCGCUGUGCCGCCGCAGACAGUCCCGGUGUGUACUCCGAUGUGAGCUACCUGUCCGAUUGGAUAGCCGAUAAUAUUCACAAACACUGCUAG